AUGUCUGAAGCUGCCCAGAUCAGACCGUCGGAUAGUUUGUUGUACUCGGACCAGCUGUUUCGUGUCUUGGGUGGGGAUGCGAUGCAGAUUCUGCGCUGUGGUAUUUGCAUGGAGUUUUUUGAUGUUCCGAUUGUCCUACCGUGUGGACACACGUUCUGCCUUCACUGCCUAACGGAAAUGUGCAAGCAUGCAAGUCGUAACUGCGUCCUCAGCCCACUGAAAGACCUUCGCAUUGGGUGCCCCAACUGCCGGGUACUCAUCUACGUCUCUCCCAUACUGGAGAGGAAUGUGACUUGCAACUUUAUUAUACAGUCGCUGAUAGAGUGUCUGCGGUCAAGGGCGGGGGGCAAGAGACAGAACAUAGGCGUAAACACGGAUGAAGUUAGAGUGGGUUCCAGGAUUCGUACCGUCAACGACCUGGAAAUGGAAAGGGUAAUUAAGGAAGUGGACCGGAUGACGGAUGCGCUGGGAAAACGAAAUGUUAUCGACAACGCUUAUUUCGAAAUCGAUGAAAUCAGAAGACAGUACUUGGCCCAGCAAGCCCAGGUGCAAGGGGAGGACGAAGAGCAAUUGCAGAACAAAUCAAGGAACCAAGCCCGAUCUAUUCAACAGUGUCCCAAGCAACUACGACUACAGCAACAGCCAUUUUAUCAGCAGCAGCAGUGUCAGAGGUCAUUCAACUGGGAGGAUUUAAACGGCCAGUUCAAGACGACACCUGCAUCCUCUUUCCAUCACCAACAACCACAGCAACCAAACUUUAAGCUACAUAGUAAAUUUCAACUGCAGCAACAGCUGCAGCCUCAGCAACAACCGAUGCCGUCCGCCGCCACCACAACAGCAGCAGCAGGCUUCUCAGUUCCAGCUGAAAGUACAGUCUCAGCACCAGCAGCAUUCGCCACAACUGCAACAGCAGCCACAGAAAUCCCAGAUGCUGCAGCAGCAGCAGCCACAUCUACAGCAGCAAUCACAACUACAACAACAGCCACCACAACUGCAACAUCAACAAUCACAACUGCAGCAACAGCAACAAGUCUGGACCAACUGGCCAAAGAUUUCCAAAAUGGCGAUGGUACUUCCGCUGCAGCAGUGCCCGGAUGUUGGGCCUUGUCCUGGACCCCUGGGACAGGCCGAGGUUCCUCCGGGACAUUCAUCUCGUCUAGACAAUGA